AUGCCCGAGACCGCGUCGCCCGCCAACGUGCUGCCCAAGUCGGACCCUGAUGCCAUCAAGGACGAGAACGCGCCCGAGGCGCAUGUCAAUGGGGAUGACGCGUUGAACGGGAUGACUAAUGGUCACGAUGAGACGAACGGCGAUGCACCAGAAUCACAGCCAAACGGUCAUGUCCAUGACGAUGAACGACCUGCAAAAAGACGACGCACACGAGAGUCAACACCUCCACGCACGCCGAAAAAGAUUAAGCCCGAGUCGCCACCAUGGAAGAAGAUAGCUGCCGACGGCCCAACGUCAUUCACGGAAAAUGGACGUCGGAAAUCGGGCCGCAUCAAUACACUCCCACUCGAAACAAAUACAAAAACUCGAAGCACGAGACGAUCUGGCGCAAAUUCCAAUGCUUCCAAACCAAAGGCAGAAAUUCAGUUGACUAAUGGCAACUCGAGAAAGAUGCCCAACGGCUCACACAAAGCUAGCCCCGCCACCAAAGCUCCCUCGAAGCAAACACCCGCGUCGACUCCAAAAUCUUCAAAAAAGCCUACAGAAACCCGUCCUUCCCGUUCCACCCGACGUCGAAGCCCUUCUCCAAAAGCCUCGACCAGAUCAAGGAGAUCCGCACGAUUUAGUGAUAUUAAAGACGACAUUCAAGAAUCGAAAAAUGUUACCAAUCGAUCGCCCCGCAUUAAGUUACGAGUCGGACGAUCUGGCGAUAUUCCUCUGGUGCAUCCUGAUCAAGUCCGAAAGAAACCGAAGAUUAGUACGAACUUUGAAGACUUCUGGGCUCGAGCUGGUGACAUCCCUGUUGAGGACGGUGGACUCCUUGCCUCUGAAGAUGGCCCUCCUUAUACUGAUGAAAUGGCUGCCAAGGACGCGCGCGCCAUUCUUCGAAUCGAACAAGAAGUUGAACCUGGUGGGCUACUCUCCCAAGGGCGCUGCUCAGUAUUCCUCCCGGAAGCAGAGGAAGAGCCACCUAGGCAAUGGGCUCGACAAGACCACAUGGUGAAGGCUAUGACGAAUUUUCGAAAACUGAUGCUGGCUGAGCAACAACGGCAUCGAUUGACCGCGAAAAAAGUGGCCGAGGCCUGUCGAGACGAGUGGUUACGGCGCCAACCAAAGUCAGAAGAGGAGAUCGAAGCGGAACAAAGGGCGAGAUGGAUAUCUCGGUAUCGUGUUGUGAUGAAGGCACUUUUUGGCACAUGGGAAAAUGUUCGUGCUGAAGUCAAUCGUCGAAGGUUGGUCGAAUGGGAACAAGAAGAGCAGAAGAGAGUCAAGGCAGCUUUGAAUGAAGCUGUUAACCUCUCUGAACAGAAAUUGCAAGCCCGGAGAGCAGGAUUGGACUCGGAGCAACUUUCUGAAGAGGAAGAUGAUGGAUUCGAUGAUCUUAGCGACGAUAUGAGCAUGGACGAUGACGAUGACCUUGACUUAGCGUCGGGAGAAGACGGAGAUAACGAGGACGACCCCGACAGCGAUAUCAUGUCUUCAGAUGAGGAAGAGGGUGACGAAGAGGAGGACUUGAAGGAUGUUGGUGAUGAGAACUUGACACAAGAACAGCUGCGCGAGAAGUAUGCCCAUAUACCAGAACUCGAAAAGCCGGAUGCAGAAACACCGACCACCGAACCAAGCCGCGAUGACACUGAUGCAGUCGAUACUGCCCAAGCAACCGCGGAAGAAAAUGCCGACACCAGCGACGAGUCUGUUGAUAUGGAUGAUGAUAUGGGGUCUACCGAUAUGGAUAGUGACGAGGAGGGGGAUGAUGCAUCGGAAGAAGAGUCUGAUGAAGAUGCUGGGGGUGGUCUCCUAGGACUUCUUUUUGGCAAGUCGGAGCUGAAGAAGAUAAACGAUGAAGCUGUGACAGAGGAGCCAACCGAGAAUGGGGACACUGAGAUGCCUGACGCAGAAGAGUCAACGCUAACGGUUAAUGGUGAAGCUCGGGAUGAGGGAGCAUCUGUUGAGAAGCCCAAAGCGACAGAAGAGGAGAGGGCCGCCGAUAUUGCACAGAAGACCUCAACACCGCCCCCAGAGACCAUUGCACCCGACGCGGCGACUAAUGAUGUCCCGGUUGAAGGUGAUACCGUUACUGAAGCCCCAGCGGACUCCACGCUUCAAGAUACUGAAGUUGUCAUGACAGAACCCACCGAGGAACAAGAAUCGGCACCAACUCUACCCUUGGAAAAUCACAGAUCAGCAUCAGAACAACCAACUAAUCCUCCCAGUCGUGCUCAUAGUAUGUCUCCCCCUCCUACAUCAGAAACCAAGCCAUCUGAGCUGGACACAGCUUCUUCCGGGGAGAUGAUGGUAGUAGACAAAACUGGGCCAAGUCGAUCGGCUUCACCACAGCAAUCAUCAAAUCACAAGAUUGAUGUACCAUUUCUUCUUAGAGGCACACUACGAGAGUAUCAGCGCGAUGGACUUGACUGGCUGGCAGGUCUUUACGCCAACAGCACCAAUGGUAUUCUUGCCGAUGAAAUGGGUCUCGGCAAGACGAUUCAGACCAUUGCUCUUCUUGCACAUCUAGCAUGUCAGCACGAGGUUUGGGGACCGCAUCUCGUUGUAGUCCCUACCAGUGUCAUGCUCAAUUGGGAAAUGGAGUUCAAGAAAUGGUGCCCUGGCUUUAAAAUUUUGGCAUACUACGGAUCUCAGGAGGAACGAAAACGCAAGCGACAAGGCUGGAACAACGAUGAUGUGUGGAAUGUUUGUAUUACCUCAUAUCAACUUGUCCUUCAAGAUCAGCAAGUGUUCAAGCGACGUCGCUGGCACUACAUGAUCCUUGAUGAAGCACACAACAUCAAGAACUUCAAAUCUCAAAGAUGGCAGACCCUACUUGGCUUCAAUACUCAAGCCAGGCUACUACUCACAGGAACACCUCUUCAGAAUAAUCUCACAGAACUUUGGUCACUCCUCUUCUUCCUCAUGCCGGCCGAGAAUGGCGUUGGUGGUUUCGCUGACUUACAGGAAUUUCACGAUUGGUUCGCAAAGCCUGAAUCACAAAUUCUUGAGAGUGGAAGAGAACAGAUGGACGAUGAGGCGCGAGCUAUCAUCUCGAAGCUACACAAGGUUCUGCGACCCUAUCUGCUACGACGAUUGAAAGCCGAUGUCGAGAAGCAAAUGCCCGCCAAGUAUGAGCACGUUGAGUUUUGCCGACUCUCCAAGCGACAACGUGAGCUCUACGAUGGAUUUCUUUCGCGGAAUGACACCAAAGAGACACUCAACUCCGGCAAUUAUCUGUCCAUCAUCAACUGUCUCAUGCAGCUGCGAAAGGUCUGCAAUCACCCAGAUCUCUUCGUUGACCGACCCAUCAUGACAUCCUUCCGAAUGAACAAGUCUGUCGUCUCAGACUAUGACUUUAUCGAGCAAAGGGUUCAGAAGCUACUUCUUGAUCCCAAGCCCAUGAAAGACGUCAGCCUUGGCUUCCUCAACCUCAUUCCCACACAAUCCGAAAGCCUCUCCACAACACAGGCUGAGCGAAUCUCACAACUCAGCUCUCAUCGAAUAUUAAUGGACCUUAAAGAGGCUCAGAGAACCCGAGCACACCAAGCAAACGACCACCUAGACCCUUCAACAGUCGCAUCUAAUAUCGCAUACUUGGAGAGUGGCGCAAGAUGGGGACGCUUUGAAGAGCUUCAACAUUGUGUGUAUCUUAAUGCCCUACGCCGCCAGAAGAAGCCCAUUUAUGGCAAGAACUUGGUAGAGUUGUUAACUAUUGGUACCGAUAAGAGGCCAUACAAGCCUCGGCCUAAAGUUCCUCGUAUGGUAAUGUCUUGGUUCGAAGAGGAAUCGAGACUCAUUCAGUCGAUGAUACCAACCGUCAAUCAACGUGCCGACAGCUUCAAGACGAUCAUUGAGAAGUUCUCAUGUGUUACACCGGCGGUUGUGACUAGAGACAUGGAGCAAUUUGUCCUUGGUCGCAAAGGAAUUGAAGCAUUUACAGACGAAGACCUCAAGCUCUCGAAACCCGUCCGAUGGGCGCCAUUCCUACCUAAAGAAGCGCCACCAGAUCCUUGGCACGAAGGACGCAUGCGACUCAGCAUUCAAUUCCCCGACAAGCGUCUCUUACAAUACGACUGCGGAAAGCUUCAGGUUCUGGACAAGCUACUGCGAAAGCUUCAGACUGGUGGUCAUCGCGCCCUCAUCUUUACACAGAUGACCAAGGUCUUGGAUAUCCUGGAACAAUUCUUGAACAUUCACGGUCACAAAUAUCUCCGUUUGGAUGGUGCUACCAAAGUGGAACAGCGACAAAUCCUUACCGACCGAUUCAAUAAUGACCCUCGAAUUCUAUGCUUCAUCCUGUCGACUCGAUCAGGCGGUCUCGGCAUCAAUCUUACAGGUGCCGAUACCGUCAUCUUUUACGACCAAGAUUGGAACCCCGCCAUGGACAAGCAAUGCCAAGAUCGAUGCCACCGUAUUGGACAGACUCGCGAUGUACACAUCUACCGUCUAGUCAGUGAACACACAAUUGAGGCCAACAUUCUUCGCAAAGCUUCGCAGAAGCAGAUGCUAGAUGAUGUGGUGAUUCAAGAAGGAGAGUUCACUACCGACUACUUUAACAAACUCUCUGUACGAGACGUCCUCAGCGACAAACUCGACACAAAGAGCGAAGGAUUGGAUGCUGCAGACGCCGCCUUGGAUAGAGUCCUCGGCGGCCCUGACACCAAUACUGACCAGCGACGAGUCGGCCGGGCGCUCGAACAAGCAGAAGACAGAGAGGAUGUUGCAGCUGCCCGUGUCGCAGAGAAGGAAAUCCAAGCCGACGAUGCUGACUUUACCGAGAAGCCCAACAACAAUGCUUCCGGCACAUCAACAGCGCGUCAAGGUACUCCCGCUGGCAAGUCCGUUCUCGACGGCGGACUCGAUGAUCUCGACACACCUCAAGUGGAAGAAGAACCAGAGUACAACGCAUGGGGCCACAAAAUGCACACCAUCGACGACUACAUGCUCAGCAACAUGGCAGAGCAACUCAAAGACACGAAACUCGAACUGCCCAAGGACAAAAAGAAAGGGAAGAAGAAGGGCAAGGACACACGCAAGCGAUAA